UAUAAACUUAUUUAUUAAUUUUGAGUUUUAUAAUUUAUUUGAAACAUAAAGUAAGUUCAAAAUGAAAUUAGUGCUCAUUUUGGGAUUCAUAGCAUUGAGUAGUGCUCUCAGUAUUAGCCGCCAAGAGGUGGACAACGAGUGGCAGAAAUUCAAACAUGAAUAUCGCAAAAACCAAUACUACGCCAACUCUAAUGAGGAGGCGCUCCGGAAGCAGAUAUUUGCGGACACCUAUGACAUGAUUGUCAGACAUAACAAAGAGGCCGAUGAAGGCAUCCAUACCUACCGAUUGGGUGUCAACCAGUUCUCGGACAUCACGGAUGAAGAGUACAGACAAAUGUUGACUUUAGACGUGUCGGGGCUGGAGGGACAGCAAACUUAUGACAAGAAGCCGUACUCCAUAAAAGCACAGUUACCCGAAAGUGUCGAUUGGAGGGAUAAGAAAGUGGUUACAGCCGUCAAGACUCAGGGAUCGUUUGUCCCUCCACUCGACAAGGAGGAGAACUAUCCAUACAAAGGCGUAUACCAAAACUGCAGCUACCAGGCCAAGUACUCGGGCGCUUCCAUCACUGGCUAUACCAACGUCACCUCCGGUGAUGAGGAUGCUCUCAAGGAGGCCAUUGCCACUAACGGCCCGGUAGUUGUGAGCAUCGACGCCAGUCUCUCUACAUUCAAGAACUUUAACGGUAGCGGUGUUUAUAACGAUAAGCAGUGUAAGUCCGCGUUCAAGGACUUAAACCACGACAUGGUUGCUGUUGGGUAUGGCACUGAAAAUGGCCAGGACUACUAUAUUGUCAAGAACUCGUUUGGUACCACCUUUGGUGACCAUGGUUAUAUCAAGAUGGCACGUAACGCUAAUAAUAAUUGCGGUAUUGCCACGUACGCCCUGUACCCCACUGGUGUCCAA